UGUGGUCGAUGAUAGUGUCGAAGUAGGUAGUAGGCAUUGUAAUAAUCAGGAGCAAUGGACAAUACUCUCCGAGAGCAGGUGAUGAUCAAUCAGUUCGUUAUGGCUGUGGGGACGUCCAGAGAGCAGGCGAGGCAGCUGCUGCAGGCCGCGCACUGGCAGUUCGAGACCGCCUUAAGCAUCUUCUUCCAGGACGCUCCUCCACCUCAGACCAGUCACAGUCAUCUCAACCAUCUGUGUACCCCGGCCAACACUCCAGCCACUCCUCCUGCAUUCCCCGAUACCCUGGCCGCCUUCAGCCGCCUGUCCACCCAGGAGGCGACCAACAGAAACGGCAGCUCUCCCUCCACGCCUCUCCAGUCAGAUCAGUAUUCGCAACAACCUUCGGAGCAACAGCAACAGUUCCACAUAUUCCAUCAGCAACAACAGCAUUCGCAGCAACAACAACAACAGCCACAAUUCCCCAUACCUGGCGCCAGCAGCAUUACUGGCAGCACCUCGACCACCAACACCACCAACUCCAUGUUUUUACCUCCUCACUAUCAGCCGUCGCCCCCUAGAGAAAUCCUCGCUAACAGCGCCGGUGCCAUGUCCAGGGACGCCUUCAGAUGAACAGCCCGUGUUCAGGUGACCAGCUCUACCAACUUGUCGUCCGGUUUAUAUCCGGUCAACUGGAGCUUAUUUCAUUGAAUUUGUCGGUUUUAUCGCCUAAACUGACAUUAAAUAUCAUUUGGUCUAGUGCGGGAAGUUGUUUAAGUACUCAUCACAUACUACAGAUCAUGAAAGUCUGGAGUAGUCUUACUAACGACUAGUGGAUGUGAGUUAAGAUUCUCACAGAAUCGUGUUUGGGGAUAUUAAAUGAAAGGUUGGUAGAUUUAUCUAUGAUGGAGUAUAUCCCCCGCGUUUAGAUUGGGUUUUCCUGUUGUGGCAGCAGGACUUGUGUGCGGGUAGUUGUUGGCCUGAUCAUGGCAAUAGAGUAAACGUCAGGUGCAAUGUUGUUGGUAGCUGUUCACAAUAUAUUUGGUCGUCAGCAAAAUAGAUAAUGUUCUUCUUUUUGAGACUAGCGACGGUAUGAUCCACGGAUAUUCAUCUAUGUCUAGGCUAGAAGACCCAAUCGUGCAGUUUAAAGACGCUCGAAUUGUGAGUCUCGGCUGAAGAAAAUUUUGAGACACGUCUGCUUACAACCGUUUGCAGUUGAGCUUGUCUGUACUUCCUGACAGCAUAUUGUUGUUCUCCGUCCUCAAUUGUCCAUACCCAAGAAACAAGUGUUUCCAGUCUGUCCUGGGUAAUGCUCGAUAAUUAACAUUGAGGUAUUCUGCUCCUCAUUUGUCUAGUGUAUGUACUCAAUACGCAGCAAUAAUGAAAUUUGUGCUCAUUCAGCUUAGAGGCUAGUCAAUUUUGAAUUCUUUGUUCCCACUCAUUAUGAACUUGUUCUUCCAGGUUUAAGGUAAACAUAACGUAUAGAAUUUACAGCUUCUUUAUGAAGCAUGAACUGGAAGAAGAGCGCCCGUCAAUGCUAGCCCAAUUUAACCUAAUUUGAGUGUGUUGAAAUACAAUAAAUGUCUUGUUUAACAGAAAAGCGAGAAUUCGUUAUGAAAUCUACAAACGUGUCCGCAAAUGACAUCGCUGGAGUUGACUAUUCCUCAUUACCAGUAAAAUAUAUGGAUGCAGUUCCAACCAGUCUCUGCUGUCCUAAGUUACACUCCGGCAAAAAGCUCUUGGGCACGCUAAUCCACAGUUCCUUGACAACUCAGGAAAUGCUUAUGGCAUCUAUGAUAUAGUUUCAAUCGUUACCUGAUAUCGUUCUUGCAAUGUUGACACAAAUAGACGUUUUAGUUAUGCCAUCAACUUUUUCUGCUGGCCUGCUGAGCCUAAUUAGCGUCUUGUCCGAUUUUUGAUCUCAGCGAAUUUUGGAGUAGGCAACGUAAAAGUUAUUCUUUUAGUCCCACAACGCCAAAGUAAAAUUAUUCAUGGAAUUAGUAUGCACUUCGAGUUGAAUUAGGACAACGUACACUCGAGUAUGAAUCCCUGGUUUUCUCACCCAAUCUUCACACAUUGAAUGAUGCCAACGUAAACUCGAGUUGGAAGCCUUGAUGUUCUCUCACAAUCUUCACAAAUGUAUGGACAAGUGUUCUUAUAGGAGCAAGUGUAAUAUGUAUUUACCUCAUUAUUUAGGUACCUGAGUACUGGUAAUAAGAUACGUGAAGCGAGAUAAUUUUCAACAGCUUGAGUGAACGGCGAACGCACUGGUUUACCUGUACAAUUAGAGUGUAAUUCAAAUUGUCGCUAAUUUCGGGGUGAAGAUUAGGGGCUGUACUGAAACGAUAAGCUAUGUGCAAAAAUUGUUUUUCGUGUGCGUUGGAGAACGCCGGACUAAAUAAUGGGUUCCUGCCCGCGUGAUUGAAAGGAACAUUCGGUGAAGAUCGUCGCUUAACGACUCUCCGUUAAACGAGAGACCUGAGUCGAAUAAACUGUAGAAUUGUGA